CCCCCGCUGCCCGACCCACUGGGGCGGUGCGCGAACCCCGCGGCCCGAGGAGCCCCGCCUCCGGGCGGGCCGAGCCAAGGGGAGCGCACCCCGACUUCCCUGGAUCACAUGGGCUGCGGGGGGCGGGUGGAUCGGGGGAGGGGGAGGCGCGGGGAGCUCGCCGCGGCUCCACACUGGGGCAGGGGAGAAGAUGCCCCCCACCCCUCUAGUUCGGCCUCUCCAUUCAAGUUCCCCGGACCCGGCCGCCAGGAUCCGGGAUGGCAACAGCCGCCUGCCCGGCUCUGCGCCCUUUUUCCAGCCACCGCGCAGAAAUUUAGGUCAAGGACGUCGGGAUCAAAUCCAAAGCCUGGCGCUCCUCGGGCAGCCGCCGAGACCCCCCAGGAUCGCGGGGCUUCAGGAUUGCGGAGACUCUCCCGCACAAACACCAGCCACAAGUUUUAUUUUCCUUUCGCGCUGGAAGUUCUCUCUGGCUCUCGCUCCGCACCGGCACGUCUUGCGCGGCUCCCCGCCCUUACCCGGCAGAGGAUUAGGAUACAGUGGAAUACACUCAACACCAAAACGGUACCAAAUCCGCUGUGGGUCUUUGAGAAAUGGACUAUUCGGAAAAUACCAACAUCAACCAAACCCGGGCCCAGAGGAACCAAGCUUACCAGGCUACACCCUACCCACCACCUGUCAGUUCCUUAGAGGAGCUCUGGCCAUCAGUCCCAUGCCCUUUGGCUCUGCUGCAUGCAUAUUUAUUCUGCUCUUAACAAGGGGAAGCCGGCUUUCACGCCGUCAAGAUGCACAAGUAGCCUGCUAGAGAGGCCCACGUGGAGAAGAAUUGCAGUUUCCUGUCAGCAACCCGAACUAACCUGCCAGGAUUGUGAGACAUCUUAACAGUGCAUCUGCCAGCCCCAGCCAUGCCUUCAGACGACAGCUACCCCAGCUCACAUCUCAACAACUUCCCGAGAGACCUGGAGCCGGAACCUCCCAGCUAAGCCACUCCCAAUUCCUGACCCUCAGAUACUGGGUGAGACAUUAAAUACUUGUUUGAAGCUACUACGUUUGGGGCUAAUUUGCUGCCCAGAAUAGAUGAUUAAUACAGAGAUACUUCAAAAUGCACAAAAACAGAACUGCUUACUUCAUACGUUUGUGGCAGGAUUCCUACACUAACAGUUCUGGAGUGCUUUAGUUAGACUCUAGCCAAAUGAACUGCAUAUUAGAUAUAAAGAAGUGAUUGCAUGUUAUUAAUGUUAUCAGAUUGCAACAUAUUUCAUGUUCAAUUACCUACAGUGCUCUUUCUGGAGCAUUGCUUUGCUUAUCUGCUUAUCCCCACUGCACACUUAAAAAAGGUCGCUGUUAAGAUAUAAAAGUAUACGUAGGAUUUAAAUGUCUUGACUCAGUUACUAACCACCGCGAGCACGUUUUCAAAUUGGAAAAGCAAGAUCCAUUUAAACUCUGUCUUCUUCGCAAAAGGCUCUUUGUUUACUUCUUGGUAUUGCAUUUUACCGGCGGGCCGAGCCCCUCUCUGAUUGAAGAGUCCGUUCACUUUAUCUGUCUCGGUAGCCCCACAAGCCUUACUGUUCAGAACAGACACGGCAGACUUCGCACCAAAAAAGCAAACCGUAUUUUUAACCAGAAAAUCUUUAAUAAAAUGAAUUUUUAUUCAUGAAAAUUCCACCAAGCAUAAAUUCCCUGUCUAAAAGUAAUGGGCCCUUUGUAUUUCCCUUAAAUAAAUAAACAGCUUCUUU